GUCCGAGUCUGGCAUAUUGUCCACCGCGAAUUGUCAUCUACUAUAUAAUUUCUCGACCAAUUACAACUAUCACUCACUUAAACUAGUGUGUGGAUCUGUUUGAUACUCCGUACGUUCUCCUCCAGGUGCGGUGCCAGUAUCCAUGCAUACCCCACGGGCCAUGGCUUCAAGACAGGCCAGGAACUACAUCAGGUGUAUAUAUACGCCAGCAAGAACGAGAACUUCAAGGGUCCCAUUGGCAUAUGAAUUACACACUCCUAGACACGCCAACCGUACACAAUCAGACUUAACUAAUCAGAAUCCAAUAAUAUUCCUGCAUGGGUUUCUCGGGUCCAAGCGCGAAAACAGGGGUGUGGGCAAGAGUCUGGCCCAGGAUCUGUCGCGACAAGUCUUCUGUUUGGAUCUUCGAAACCAUGGAGAUUCCGGUCACCACCCAAAGCAUGACUAUAUGGAAAUGGCAAUAGACGUUGAACAUUUCAUCAGAACCCACGGACUGAAUAAUGCCACAUUGAUUGGUCACUCGAUGGGGGCCAAAACCGCCUUGACGCUUGCCCUUCAGUCGCCAGAUCUGAUAUCCAAGGUCGUCGCUAUCGACAACUGUCCCAUCCACCUAGGCUUGACGGAAGAGUUUCCGAGAUAUCUCAGAGCUAUGGAAGAAGUACAGGAUGCACGAGUCAAAAGUCAUCAAGAAGGGGACAAGAUCUUGAGCAAACAUGAGGAGUCUCCGUCCGUGCGAUUAUGGUUACUGAGUAAUUUUGUUCGAGAACGCGACUCCCCGCAUCUGAAGCUUCGUGUUCCUUUGGAUGUCCUGACGACUGCUAUCGGUCCGUUGGGAGAUUUUCCACACAAGGGCAAACCUGUUCAGUUCCCCAAACCCGCGUUGUUCCUUCGAGCCCUGCAGAGCCAUUAUAUACCUGAAAGCUCAUUCCCCGUUAUUUCGUCUUUCUUCCCUCGAUCGCGCAUUGUGAAUAUAGAUUGUGGACACUGGAUUGUUCAGGAACGGCCUGAGGAAUUCAGACAGGCUGUUGUCCAGUUCUUGCAGGAAAAGGACGAAGUUGAUUAGCCUGUGAAUUGCGAUACGACAUUAGCUUUUAAUAUCCAUUUGUCUUCAUCGGGGAA